AUGGCGAUUUCCGGCGACCUUAGAGUCACAUCAUCUCUUCCACUCUAUCGCUCUCACUCUCUUCUUCCAACCACCUCUUUCCUUCCUCAAAAGGUGGACUUUCAUUGUUUCUUAAAUGGAGGAUCCAGCAGAUCUGAAUUCACUACAAAACAUUCUACCAUGGCCACUGUACGAAGCAAUAUGCGUGGCUAUUACAAGCCAGUAUUUGCAGUCCUUGGAGGUUCUAAAUUUUCAUCAAAGUCAGUUAGCCAAGAAGCCGAGAACUUUCUCCUUGAUGCUGUUAAUAUGAGUUUCUUUGAGCGUCUAAAUUUGGCUUGGAAGAUAGUUUUCCCAUCAGCAGUGUCUAAGAGAAGCUCCAAUGCUAGGAUUGCCAAGCAACGUUUAAAAAUGAUUCUAUUCUCUGACCGAUGUGAAGUAAGUGAUGAGGCAAAGCGAAAAAUCGUUAACAACAUUGUGCACGCACUAUCAGAUUUUGUGGAAAUUGAGUCACAGGAUAAAGUUCAGUUGAGUGUCUCUGCAGAUACAGAUAUUGGAACCAUUUACUCUGUUACAGUGCCUGUACGGCGGGUUAAGCCAGAAUAUCAAGAGGUGGAUGAAGCUGGGACAAUAACAAAUAUUGAGUAUAAGGAUACUGGAGAUAUUUCAGGAUCUGUUGAUGUUAGAUUUGAUUUCUAUGUUCCUGAUGAAACGUCUUGA